AUGAGUCGUUUCUCGGCUGAGCGAGCGGUACCGAAGGAGGACCUGAAUCAGCUCGAUGACUACAACAAGGCCACCAUCGCAGCACAUUUGCACAAGCGCUUCAAAGUUCAAAGGCCAUACACCUCCCUCGGAAAUAUUGUGGUGGCCGUGAACCCGUUCGAGUGGCUUGACCUGUACGAUGAUGACCUUGGGUUGGCUUACCAAGAACCAGGUCGGCGAGACCUGCCGGCGCACAUCUACAAAUCGACGGCUGCUGCCUAUCGCGCGCUGCUGGAGGGCCAGGAAGACCAGAGCAUCCUGAUCAGCGGUGUUUCAGGAGCGGGGAAGACGGAAACGGCGAAGCUCUUGCUAGGUCAUUUGGCGUCCGUGGCUGGGUCGGAGGAGGGAGGGGUGGGCAGCGAGCGCAUUCAGCACAUGGUGGAGUGUACAGUGGUGCUGGAGAGCUUUGGAAACGCGGUCAUGAUGGGCAACAACAACAGCAGUCGUUACGGAGUAGUGACGCAGCUGCAGUUCGACGACGGGGACAUCCCCAAGAUGGUCGGAUCGCUCAACACCACCUACCUCCUGGAAAAGAGUCGCGUGGUGUCUCGGUCGUCUCGAGAGCGCAAUUUCCACGUGUUUUACCAGAUGGUGGGCUCCGACGACGAAGACUUCAAGAAGUCGCUUCAGUUGUCAGGCAAAACUUCAAACGACUUCAAGUACCUCAACACCCACGCGCCGGCGGAGGACAUGGACUUCACGGGCUUGGCGGAAGUGCAGGAUGCCAUCCGCGAGCUAGGGAUCGCGAUCGAAGAAGAGAAGGACGUUUUCAAGGCGUUGGGGGGGCUCCUUCAUUUGGGGCAGCUUGAGUUUCUUUCCGACACUGGCCGCACGGAUGAUGCCAGUAAGCUUGCCGGGGGGACGGAGGAAUCGUUGCAGACGUCGGCCGAUCUGCUUGGGCUGAGCGUGGAGGAGUUGACAGGCGCGCUGCUGACGCGGCCACUGAUGGUGGCUCGCGAGACCUUCGUCAAGCCCAACAAAGUCGGGGAGGCGCAAUCGGCAAGGGACGCCCUGGCCAAGGACGUGUACCUAGGCAUUUUCAAUUACCUGUUGAAGAAGAUCAACGAGGCCACAAGCUGCACGGAGAACGAGGAGGCCGCGGGGACGAUUUCAUUGAUCGAUAUCUUCGGGUUCGAGUCGUUCAGGCGCAACGGGUUCGAGCAGCUUCUGAUCAACUACGCGAGCGAAAAACUUCAGCAGAUGUUCAUCCAGGACGUGUUCAAGUCGGUUGAGAGGCUCUGCGAGACGGAGGGAAUUGACUACGCCAAGUUCAUGUACCGUGAUAACACGACCAUCCUCGAAACCUUGGAGGGUAACAGGGGCGUCCUUUCAAUGCUUGACGAGGAGUGCCUGCUGCCCCAUGGAACAGAUAGCGGCUUCGUGGCCCUGCUGCAGUCUCAAACACAGGUCGCCCACGAGCAGCACUUGAAAGCCAACUCGAGGCUCAAGCACUUCACCGUCCACCACUACAAUCACGCUGUCAAGUAUGACGCAGACGGGUUUGUGGAACGCAACAGGGAUAAACUGCACACCAGUGUCGCAAAGUUGCUCGGCGCAAGCACGAACAACAUGGUCCGAAGGGUGUACGCGUACGCGGUUGGAGGCGGAGAAGGAGCCGACGAGGGCGAGUCCUCGCAGCCGGCGCAGAAUGACUUCCAGGCUCGGUUGGCAAUGUUCAAGAAGAAGGAGACCGGACCUGCGGGAGGGGGCGCGCGCAAGGGUAAGCGCGUGUCUUCCGUCAUGGAAGGGGGGCAGGAAGUCUUGAAGCGGGAGAGCAUGGGACGGCGCUUCAAGGGCGAGCUUAGGGAUUUGGUGGAGCGAAUCCACUCUACCGAGGUGCAGUACAUUCUGUGUAUUCGGCCCAACAUGGAGAACGACCCGGUGUUGUUCGAGGACGAAUAUGUGACUCAGCAACUGCUGUCCGCCAGCAUCGUUGAGGCUGCGCAGGUGUACAAGUUCGUUGGGGUGAAUGUGUCCCAUCCUGAGUUCAUCAAGAGGUAUGGAAGACUCGGUCCGCGAGAGUUGACGGCAUCGGGUCGCCCCGCAGACGCAGAAAGCGAGGCCGUCGUGUGCACGAAGUUGGCGGAUGCUUUGCUGAUCCGCGACCGCCACGACCCAGACUCAAAGACGAAGUUCGAGGUUGGAAGGACCAAGAUCUUCAUCAGGGGUGCAGAGCACGAGCACCUGGAGGAGGUGAUGGCAUUCUACGAGCGAAGAAGCUCGAGAAAAAUCAUCCGGCACUGGAGAGCCCGGCGAGCAAGAAUCCGAAAAGCCGAAGCGGAAGCAGCCCGGCGAGAGCGUGCGGCCGCCAGAGAGAAGGCGCGGCAAGAGUCUGCGCUGCGCGUCACCGUAGACGAAGAUGAGGACGACCGCAGCUCGGACGCUGCCCCGGUCUCGCCCAUCCGUGCAGAGAUGGACGACGAGGAGGAGGACGUCGAGGAGGAGGACGACGAGGAGGACGAGGAGGAUCUGUCGGACGGGCAAGGGGGGCAGGCGUCGCCCAGCGAUGCGCGAGUUGGCGCGAAUCUGAGUGCUCCUCGAACGGAACCGUUCACGAAGGCAACGAUGCGGGCAUUCCUUAACCAGCCAGUGGAGCCUCAGACAGGGGUAAUCGAGUGCAUGAUCCGCCGCAAGAAGGGUGUCAUGAGUACAAUCUACCAGGCUUACUACGAGCCCUCAAUGAAGCUGCUCAUGACGGCCAAGAAAGACAAGGGCCGCUACAUCAUCGCCAUGAACCCAGAGUACAUGAAGAAAGGAGAGCCUAGUACGCUGGGCAAGGUGAAGGCGGUGGCCCAGCGGCGACAAUACAUCGUCUACGACAACGGUUUCAAGGCGAAUAAAACUCUGCCCGAGAAGUACACGAUCAAGCCAGAACGCAAGGAAAUUGCAGCUGUGAGCAUCGACCUGACUCGCCACGACGACUUCCAGGGACCGCGAAAGCUCGAGGUGUUGGUGGCGGACAGUGAUGACGACUUGGUAGACCAUGCAUCGCUGCUCAACAGCUUCGGCAACGACAACACCAACAUCAUCACCCCGGUACCUCGCAUGCACAGCAUCAAGCCGGAAUGGGACGAAGACGCGGGCUACUUCGUGCUGGAGUUCUACAAGGACCGCAUCAAGAAGCAGUCCGUCAAGAACUUCAUGCUUCACAAUAGCCGAGGGCAGUUCAUCAUGCAGUUCGGCCGCUCCAAAGAGGACAAUGUCUUCGCCCUCGACUUCACGGGGCCGUUCAGCCCACUGGCUGCGUUUGGUGUUGCCCUGUCGGGGUGCGAUUCGUCGGUCUAACGUCGCUCCACGAGAGCACGAGAGCAGUUCGACAAUGGCUUGGUCGGGGAUGCGUCUGUUGACUUUUCCGUCUGUGUUAUUCUGAACAUGUUUGUCCUCCUAAUUCUUUGUACUUG